GAAAGAUCCAGUGGUCGCAGGUCUAGAGGCGACCCAGUUCCCGGCUGUCAGUGAAACACGACUUCUACAAACAAGCGAAGCAUGAUCUGGAACUCUCCCAGCAUCGCCACAUGAAAACGAAAGUGAAACUACAAAUGAACAUGUCUGUGGUUAAACUGUGCUUCACUGUGCUCGUUGUUGCCUCUGUGGUGACGAUGCCCGGAACUGGAAAGCCAGCUUACCAAUGGGUGGAGGGGAAAUGGGAGCUAAUGCUUGAUCCAGGUCCUCGUUUGGACCCUCUGUGUGAGAAAAACCCUAACGGGACAGUGGCAGACCCGGAUAAUUGCUCUUACUAUUACAUGUGCUUCAAGGGGAAGAGACGCGCCAGGUUUGCCUGUCCCUGGAGCCUAGCUUUCAAUCCGGAAACAGAAAAAUGUGAUUACCCAGGGGCCUUGGGAGAAGGGUAUGACUGCAGAGGGGUGACACCUCAUCCAUACUGUCGAAGUUUUGGCGCGAACGUCAUCGUUGGACAUCCUGGUCGGUGUGACGUGUACUUCACGUGUCACCUAGGUCACCUGUUCUCGCGUGUCCAGUGUGGCCCGGGGUUGCUAUUCAACGACUACACCCUUUUCUGCGACAGUGCGUCUCAGGUUGACUGUGGCACGAGACCCAGACCAGAACAGCUUGAGCUGCCUUGAACCACAAGUAUGAAGCUUUUCGUUCAUU